UUCAACAGUUUAAUAGUCUUCGUAAAAUGGCCAGAAGAUGCUGGAGAAAUUUAAACAACAACCAAUAUUACAAUUUAUUGCUAGAUUUAAGCUUCCUAAAAGUAAUAAAAUAUAAUAGGGUACAAUUAUGGCCCGAUGGUAUGAAUUUUAUUAUGUGGAGUGACACAAUUGAAAUGGUAAACGAAGAAGUUUUUAGAUUUUGUUAUUGAAUAUACACAAAUGGAAAACAACAGGUAAGAGGUACAUCCAGGAUUGCAUAUAUUGCAACUGAUUUCCUCAGCAGAUCACAGUUGAAGUCACUCAACUAAACUAAGUGUAUCACAUAGUAAACUACCAGUUUAGUAUUUGGUACAUAUUGCAAUUGAUUUUCUGAGCAGUUCCCAGAUCAGCUGAGCCAAGUGCAUCUCACAGUGAUCCUUCAUCCAUUAGAUACAUCCGAAACUGAUUUAUUUAGCUGCUUCCAGUUAAAGCAAAUCAAUCAAACCAAGCACAUCUCAGCUUAUCACCACUAAAAGUAACCAAAAAUAUGUCUUCUCAUAACAACUUUGGUUACUUUUAUGAUGCGUCCGAUUUUGAAGUGUAUUGGACCAGCAUCUAUGUCACCAACUUUCCACCUCGAUUCAACGAAGCUCAACUCUGCCGCCUCUUCGACGAGUGUGGCACCAUAAAGAACGUCAGGAUCUUCAAGCCCACCAAGCCUAAUGCUAGGCUAUAUGCUUUCAUUAAUUUCGAGAAGAAAGCGUUCGCAGAACACGCCGUGAGGACCAUGAACGGUCUUCACAUGUACGAGGACAAGUACCUGUAUGUAAGCCGGGCCCAGACGAGGAAGAUGCGCGAGGACUUCAUUAGGAAGUCGGUAAACAUGGGCCUGAGUUUAUAUAUCAAGAACUUCGAUGAAAGUAUAGACGAACUCUGGUUCAAGUCAAAUUUCUCGAAGUUCGGUACUAUAACGUGCAUCAGGCUGCUAACCGAGCAAGGAAGGAGUAAGGGAGUGGCAUUUGUAUCAUACUCAACAGAGGAAGCAGCCAAUGAGGCCAUUAAAGCCAUGAAUGGCUUUAGAAUAAAUAACAGACCAUUAUAUAUUUCCCAUGCGGAAAGAAAAAAGGACAAGUCAUGUCAGGACACACAGGGCACCACAAAUUAUAUUGUGGUACCACCAACACCUGCACCCUUACCGCCACUAAUGACCCCGUUGCUUACGGAGAAUAAAGAUCUUUAUUACCAGGAAUAUGCCAAUGGGAUGGCAUAUUUUUAUAAGGCGGAAGAUCUAAUGAAUCCCCAUGCUCCAUCGCCCGAUAUGAUGCAGCCUCAUGUGGUGCCGCCGGAUAUGAUGCAGUCCCAGGCAUCACCUCUGAUGCUACAAUUCCUGGAGCCUGAGGUAAUGCAGCUGCCGCCUCAGAUGGUGCCACCUUAUACGCAUAUGUCACUUCAAUCACAUGAGAUGAUGCCAUUUCAUAUGUCACCUCCGAUGGUGCAAAAUGUGGAGCGACAAGAAGAGCCACGUCAAACUGUGACGAAGAUAUUGCGACGCACGCCACCUCAACCAACAGAAAUGAUGUCUACAUCACCUCAACAACCCAUACAGAUGCCAUAUCAAGAGUUUAAAGAGGUGCCACCGCAACAGCCUAUGCAGAUGCCACCACAACAACCCAUACAGAUGCCACAUCAAGAUUUUAAAAAGGUCCCACGACAACAACUCCUACAGUUCCCACAUCAAGAGUUCAAAGAGGUACCACCACAACAGCCCAUGCAAAUGUCACAUCAAGAUUUCAAAAAGGUGCCACGACAACAACCCACACAGAUGUUACAUCAAGAGUUCAAAGAGGUGCCACCACAACAGCCCACACAGAUGCCAACUCAAAAACCCAUACAGAUGCCACCUCAAAAACCCAUACAGAUGCCAUCACAACAGCCUAUGCAGAUGUCACAUCAAGAGUUCAGAAAGAUGCCACCACAACAACCCAUACAGAUGCCACUACAACAGCCCGCACAGACACUACCACAGCAGCCCACACAGAUGCCACCACAGCAGCCCACACAGAUGCCACCACAGCAGCCCACACAGAUGCCACCACAGCAGCCCACACAGAUGCCACCACAGCAGCCCACACAGAUGCCACCACAGCAGCCCACACAGAUGCCACCAUAGCAGCCCACACAGAUGGCACCACAACAACUGAAAAAGAAGGCACCUCAACAGUCCAAAAAAAAAUCAAGUCCAUAAUGAGGCUGUUGUGUAGAUUAUUGUGGUAGAACCUUUUUGGACUGUUGGAGUGUCUUUUUAGUAGUUAAUCAAGUCCAUAAUGAGGCUGUUGUGUAGAUUAUUGUGGUAGAACCUUUUUGGACUGUGGAGGUCUAACUACUAUAUUCCAGGACUAUUAGUUGAAAUAUUUAUUUGUAGCUCAAUAUGUUGGUCCCUUUAUUAUGUCGCAAAUGAAGCUUUGUGCAACUAUUAAUUAGUUUGCACUUUAACUUAUUUUGUACCCUUGAAUUAAAUAAAACUCAAGGAUAUAUUUAUCUAUCUAUAAAUUUUGUAUUUAUGUAGAUGAAGACAUUUUUAAUAAAUUAUAA